AUGUCUAAUCGCAAGAGGUCCCGGUUGUUGAACGCGCUCGACGCGUCCGUAGCGCCCGUUUUCCCACCCGCAUCAUCGUCCUCGGUGAUUUCCAGCCCAUCAACACGCGUCAUCAAGCGUGAGCCCACAGACGCCGUGGUUCCCGUCAAGCGCACUUCUUCUGCUCGCGACGACGACGCCCUCGCCGGCGCCGCCAAACGCGUCAAGCCCGAGUCCAAAGGGCCACUCUCCCUCGUCAACAGCAAUACUAGUGCCAUUCCCGCUGUUGUGCCCCCAGCAUCCGCCGAGGACCUCAGCGAUGUGCGUGCACGGCUCGAAGAGAUCCAGCACCAAAUCACCCAGCAGCAGGCGCUGCUCGGCGUGGCCCUGCGCAAGCGCACGAAGUCCAAGAGCGACCUCACCAGGAUCGCACGUUACGAGCGCAAGCUAGUUAGGCUGCGCGCAUUGAAAGAGAAGUACCAUGCCGCCAUCCCCGCCGCGGCGCCCGUCAUUGCGCCAUCGCCAUCCAAAGUGGAGGCGAAGCAGGUUCAAGCUGUCGCUUCAGUCCCCAAUCUCGCGAGAGAAGAGGUGAGGCCCUUCUCAAUUAACCUGCCUUUCGGUCAGGUUCAACCUAGCGCCCUCGGCUCGGAUGCCGUGAAGCAGGAGGUGAAACCCCUUUCCACCAAGUUUCCGGUCAAUCCACUGCCGGUUCCAUCAGGAUCUAAGGAUAUCAAGCCACUUGUGUCUUAUGGCGGUGGUUUUCCUGGCUUCCAGGCGCCCGUCGCCUCGAGUUCUAAGGAUGUGCUGAAGGCGCCCAAGCUAUCUGACUUCGAAGGGUCUGACAACGACCUGGACGACAACUUUGUGCCAGAUAUGGACCAGAAUCCUCUGCAUCAAGACGAUAAACGCUUUGAUGAGGAUGGCAACUUCUAUGGUCGCGGUCGGGACAUGUUCGUUGGGCCUCAGGCCAAGGCCGACGAUAUCGACAGGUUUCUUCUCGCGGCGGGCAAUGCAGAGCAGUUUAAUGGUAAUGAGAGGGUAGAGGAUGCUCUUGUCAAGCUUGGGCUUCCCGCCCUUUACCGGCCGCUUCCUGGAAUGGAGAUCGCGCUGAUGCCGCACCAAGUUAUUGGCGUUGCUUGGAUGCUUGACAAGGAGAACAGCCCUUACAAGGGCGGCUGCAUGAGCGACGAGAUGGGUCUUGGCAAGACUGUCCAGAUGAUCAGUGUGAUAGUCUCGAACCAGUCUGAAGAUCCGAUGUGCAAGACUAAUUUGAUUGUCGCCCCACUGGCUUUGCUGGAUCAAUGGCAGCUGGAGAUUGAGAUGAAGACCAACUGCGACCUUAAGUGUCUGAUCUAUCACGGAUCCAAUAAGCCCAAGAAGAGAAAAGAUUUGUUGAAGUACGACGUUGUCCUUACAACCUUCCAUACCCUAGCCCUGGAAUGGCCUGAUGCGGAGGCGGAGGAGAAGAAGGCUAAGAAGAAAGCGAAGCAGAAGAAGAAAGAUGACUUCAUCGAAUCCGACUCCGAAGACGAGAGAAAGCCUAAGAAGAAGAAAAACAACAACACUGGUUUAUUGAUGCAGGUUGAGUGGUAUCGAGUCACCCUGGACGAGUCGCAGAACAUCCGAAACAGGCGGACUAGAAUCUCUCGUGCGGUCACUAAGCUGAAUGCUAAGUACCGCUGGUGCUUGACUGGCACCCCCAUUAUCAACGGCUUGUCUGAUGCAUACGGUCUCGUACGCUUCCUCCGCAUCCGCCCCUGGUACGAUUGGGACGAGUUCAACAGCCACAUUACUAAGCUGGAGAAGAAACAACCGACUCUCGCGACCAAACGUCUGCAAGCCAUCUUCGCGUCAAUGCUACUCCGCAGAAAGAAAGAUACGAUGUUGGAUGGCAAGCGCCUCAUCGAGCUCCCCUCCAAGGAAGUAAAUUUGGUGAAGCUAGAGUUCUCCCUGGAGGAGCGAGAUAUUUACAAGAUGGUUGAACUUCAAUCUCAGGCCAUCUUCAACAGAUUCCUUCGUGCAGGCACUGUUCUCAAGAACUAUCAUCAAGUGCUCGUGUUACUGCUCCGGCUGCGCCAAUGCUGCUCCCAUCCGUCGCUCAUCCAAGAGAAAGACGACGCUGCAUUCAUCACUGCCGCAGAGUUCAACGACAAGCACUACAACCGGCGUUACGAGCUCAGCCGCGCCGCGCAGCUCGUCUCCCCGCAGUUCGUGGAGAAGAUGAAAGCAAAGUUCAAGCAGACUGUGCUGCAGCGUAUGGAGGCCGAGAAGCAAUCGGCAGACGCUACCAUCGAAGGCGAAGAGUGUCCGAUCUGCUUCGACACAUUCAGCGACCCGGUCGUGACGCCCUGCUCUCAUGUCUUUUGCAAGGACUGCAUCCUCGAAGUGUUCAACGGCGCUGCCGUCGAAGACGGUGGUGACGAUCAACUGAAGUACCAGACUGAUGAGCGUCCCUGCCCUGCAUGCCGUGGUGUGGUCUCCAAGCACAAGCUCUUCUCCCGUCGCGCGUUCGAACCCACAGACGCGGAGCUCGAUCCGAAUAGUAUGCAUGCCGACGACGAGGAUGGGGCGUCCGAGGAGGACGACGUCAUCGACCUCACUGACGACGAGCCGGCCAGGCCCCCGCCUGGCCGUACGCUGCGUACGCGGAAGCCGCAGAAGAGGUGGAUUGUCGACUCGGAGGACGAGGAGGACGAGGAGGAGGAGGACGAGGAGGAGGAGGACGAGGAGGAGGAGGACGACGACGACAUGAGCGACUUCAUCAUGGAGGACGACGAGGAUGAGGAAGAAAAGGACGCGCGUCGCGUUUUGAAGAAGCGCCUGGGCAAGCGUCGUGCCAUCGUACUGUCCGAGGACGAGAUGGAGAAUGCGGAUAUCAUCUGUGGUGCCAAGCGGGAUGUGGACGUCCCGCCUGAGCAAGUCAAGAUGAUGCCGCGAUUCUUGCCGUCGACGAAAAUGAAGCAUAUGAUGGAGUCGCUGCGCACCUGGGCAGAGGAACACCCCGAUGAGAAGACUUUGAUCAUUUCGCAGUGGACGCAGUGCCUUCAGCUCGUCUCGGACUAUCUCGCGGAGAAUGACUUCCUCCACGUCAAGUACCAAGGGGACAUGAACCGCCAGAAGCGUGAUCAGGCUGUCCGUGUGUUCAUGUCGAAGGACAAGGCCACUGUCAUGCUUAUGAGUCUUAAGUGCGGUGGAGUUGGGCUGAACCUUACCCGAGCCAACCGCGUCAUCUCCCUUGACCUAGGAUGGAGUGAAGCCAUCGAAAGCCAAGCAUUUGACCGUGUCCACCGUCUGGGACAGACUCGCACCGUGCAUGUGCACCGUCUAGUCAUUUCGGACACAGUCGAGGACCGUGUACUGGCGCUGCAGGAGCGCAAGAAGAAUCUUGCCGACGGUAGUCUCGGCGAAGGAAGUGGCAAGAAGAUCGGACGCUUGAGUGUGCGUGAACUGGCUAAUCUGUUCGGCCUCGACCAGAGAGGCCAGGUGCUGGACGACUAG